GGAAUGUUCACAAGCUGCUGCAGCAGUUUACAGAUGGUUUUGUGCAACUCUGCUCUCUGAUUCACCAUGAAGCUGUACGUGAUCAUUCCACUGUGUGCUCUGCUCACCCUCACCCAACAGGCACCUCCACGAGAAAAGUGUGCAUGCGAGCUGAAUAACUCAGAGAAGGCAUUCCCUCAUGGAAAACUCAGGAUAGUUGAAACCAACGCAUCAGACUGCAACAGCAACAUCACCCCACAGAAGACUGUGGAGCUGGAGAGUCUGCUGCUGGGGUUGGAGCGUCGUCUUUCCCAGCUGAACAAAGACGUGCUGAUCCUGGAGAAGGAGGAUGACGGAGAGCUGUAUGGAGUUCUCAGCUUGUAUGUUAUAGAGAAUGAAAUGACUGAGAUCAAGCAGCUGAUUGACAAGCUCAACAGCACCACCCAACAACACCAGAUCCUCACUGCUAACGCCACUGAACAGUUGGAUAACCUGAAAGCAGAGAUGCAAGAGCUGGAGAAGUUCGACACCAUGCAGGUGAUAAAGGGACAACAAGUCAACUCUGCUCUGAAGGCAGAUCUAUUCAAGUGCAACAAAAAACUGAACACUACCGUCACACCCACUGAGCCUCCACAGGGUACGUGUCCACGCAGCCGGCUUCUUAAUGUCACUGGACCAAGGGUCUACACAGCAGGAGAAUAUCCUGGCUCGUAUGCUUACGGAGCCUGGGGUCGUGAUCCCAGACCAGAGGAAGGCAAAGAGAGCUGGUACUGGCUGGUCAUGUUGACUUCCAGUAACAUAUAUGCCCACUAUGUUCGUCUUUACAGCAGCCUGAGUUCUCUCAUCAUUGGAGUGAGCGUCCCAGGUAACGUCCAGAUCCACUCCUCAAACCCAACUACCAACACCAUCCAGGGUCCAAAUAAUGUUCUGUAUGGAGGGGCUUUGUACUACAACUGUUACAACCAAGAUUAUGUUUGUCGAUUCAAUCUCACCACUAAAAGUGUCACGACCUUACAACUACCAAAAGGCACCAGGUACAACUCAAAAGGUAACUUCUGCCACCUUGAGGAAUGCUACCCAUACACUGACCUGGACCUGGCAACAGAUGAGUCUGGUGUCUGGGUGGUCUACACCACCACCCAGGACUUUGGCAACUUGGUUCUCUCCAAGCUAGAGGAGGGUGAACCACCAGUGCUUGGAAAGACCUGGCGCACUUCAGUCUACAAGCGGGCAGUGACCAACACCUUCAUGGCGUGUGGUGUUCUCUAUGCGACACGUUACAUUAACAGGGAGGUCGAGGAGAUCUUUUACUCAUUCAACACCGUAACGGGACAGGAGAGGUUCAACAUUGGCAUCUUCAUGAACAAAAUGUCCACCAACAUUCAAAGCCUAAACUACAGCCCUGUGGACCAGAUGCUGCAUGCUUACUGUGACUCCAACAUGGUUUCCUACAAGGUGUUGUUUGGGUAAAUACAUAUGUUGAUGCUUGAAGCCAAUUUUCACAUAAAUGAAAUAAACAUAAAAACCUCCCUACUUCCUCCUUGUGAUAUUUGCCAUUUAGGUGGUUAAUUCUACUGGAGAUAUCUGUGAAUCUUUCUCCGAUGCAUUUACAGUCAAAUUUAAUUUGUGCAACAUUUUAAAUUCUCCUUUAAGAAUCAGAGAAAAUCUUCCACAUUUUAAAGCUCACAAUUUAAGUGCAGACCACUGAAAGUGUAAGAGCUCUUGCAAAGAAGUUGCAGUCACUGAAUCAACCAUGAAUUGCUCAGUACACCAAAGUAUUCUGGAGUUAAUAGUGAAUCCAAUUGUCUGACAGCUGGUGCCCAGAUGGGGUCAUUCAACGGGAAAAUGAUGCCACACAGCAGCAAAUCUACAACUGAAUUAUUAAAAAAGCAAAGAAAAAAUCAGGGUGUUGCAAUGGCAACUGCAGUCCAGCUCUCAACCCAGCUGAGAUCCUGUGAGAGCUGUGCAUAAGAAAAACCUCCAUAGCUUAAUGAACCAAAGCAAUGUUGUAAAUCAGACAAAAUUCCUCCAUAAUGAUUUGAGAGACCAGUAAAGUCAUACAGAAAGAUUACUGCAAGUUAUUGCAAGAUGGUUCUACAGAUUAUAAAAUUAUGGGCUUUAUAUCUUUUUACACACUGCUUCUAUAUCUGGCUUAGAUUUUCUUAAAUAAAUGAUAUGUCAUGUGUUAUUCAUCUGAGGUUGUAUUUAAAUUAUUUCCUGGUAAGGAGCAGAUUGUUUUGUUAUUAUUAUUUUCUGAUAUACAAAACCCUGGAAUUGCAAUAGGGUUUAUGUAGCUACCGCAAGGAUUGACGUAGGCACGAUGUAGAGUUAUUAAACAGGGUUUAUUCUGGUCUUGACAACCCGUGAGAACUGCUCAUGUCCGAAACAAUAAAAAAACCAUCACAUCA